AUGUACUAUGUACUAUUUUAUCUCUUUAAGAAAUUUUCUCCACAUUAUAUUCCUUGUUCAAAAUAUUCUUUAAAAUUUUUUCAUAUUUUUUUCUUUAAAUGUUUAAUAAUUUUAUUAAAUGCAAAUAUAAUUAAAUAUACAAUGAAAAACCCAUUAAAAUUAUUAGAAACUCCCUCUAAAAUUCCAAUGGCUAUUUGGAAGGUUAGAAACAUAGGUACGUUUAAAACAUAUAAAAAAAAUGAUGUAAAGCUAUUAAAUUACACUUUUCUAUAUUAUAAUCUAAAAUUCAAUAAUUCUAGAACGUUUCAAAAUGCUGGUUUUUUCAGUGAAAGAAAAUUAAGUAGUAACAGUAAGUUUAGUGAGGAAACAAAUGUUAAAGUAAUGUGUAAAAAAAUUGAUGGACAAGAAACAAAUUCAAUCAUAAAUGAAAAUAAUAAUAUGGAUAAAGGACUAGAAAAUAUAAGUAGUGACGAAAAGAUAUUAUAUUUAGUAAAUCCAAGAGGAUUUUGUAAAGGGGUAAGUAGAGCUAUAGAAACAGUAGAAGAGUGCUUAAAAUUGUUUAAUACUCAAAUUUAUGUGAAACAUAAAAUUGUUCAUAAUGAUAUAGUAUGUAGGGAUUUAGAGAAAAAAGGAGCGAUAUUUAUUGAAGAUUUAAAUGAAGUUCCUGAUGGGAGCAUUUUAAUUUAUUCAGCACAUGGAAUUAGUCCUCAAAUUAGAGAAUUAGCUAAAAAAAAAAAAUUGUUUGAAAUUGAUGCAACUUGUCCAUUAGUUAAUAAAGUUCAUGUGUAUGUUCAGGUGAAAGCUAAAGAAGGAUAUAAAAUUAUAUUAAUUGGUCAUAAAAAUCAUGUAGAAGUUAUAGGCACUUACAAUGAAGCACCUGAAUGUACAUUUAUUGUUGAAAAUGUAAAAGAUGUAGAAAAUUUGAAUUUCCCAAAAGAUGAAAAACUUUUUUAUGUUACACAGACAACAUUAAGUAUGGAUGAUUGUGCAUUAAUUGUAAAAAAAUUAAAAGAAAAAUAUCCUCAAAUACUUACAAUUCCAAGUGGUUCCAUAUGCUAUGCAACAACAAACAGACAGCAAGCUCUUAAUCAAAUUUGCACAGAAUGUGAUUUAACUAUUGUUGUGGGAAGUCAGUCAUCUUCAAAUGCAAAGAAAUUGGUUUAUUCAUCACAAAUAAGAAAUGUUCCAUCUUUGUUGGUUAAUACGGUUGAUGAAUUUAAUUUUGAUAUUCUUAAAAAUGUUAAAAAAAUAGCUUUAACUUCAGCUGCUUCCACUCCUGAAGAAGAAACACAAAAAUUCGUACAAGUUUUGACAGCCCCCCCUUUUAUUUAUAAACUUAAAAUAUUUGAUGGAGUAAAAGAAAACGUACCAAAAUGGAAAUUACCAAAAAAUCUUUUAGAUUUUAUAAAAGGAAAAAAACAAAAUGAAACAAAUUAA